GCCCCGCCUCGCCGCUCGCCGGCCAGGGGGUGGUGCCGCUGGGGCACUGGGUGAGGGGUGGCGGCCCUACGGCUCGGCUCGGCACGGGGCUAGGAUGGGACGGACGCUCGUGGAGCUGUUCUACGAUGUGGUGUCCCCAUACUCCUGGCUGGGGUUUGAGGUACUCUGCCGGUACCAGCACAUCUGGAACAUUGAUUUGCGCUUUCGUCCAGCUUUCCUUGGUGGCAUAAUGCAAGCAACUGGUAACAAGCCCCCAGCAAUGUUGCCAAAGCGUGCAGAAUACAUGCUGAAGGAUAUAGAAAGGAUGGGAAAAUAUUACCAGGUGCCUGUAACAAUUUCAGCAGAUGACUUCCAACGUAUCUUUGGUAAAAGCAGUCUUGGAGCCAUGCGCUUUAUCACAGCCAUUGAUAUGACACAACCAAAAUACCUGGAACCCUUAUCUAGAGAGUUCUGGAUGCGGUUUUGGUCACAGCAUGAAGAUAUCAGUCAGCAGGAGAGUAUAGUGGCUGUUGCAGGACAGGCUGGGCUAUCAUCAGAGUUCACCCAGAAGCUACUUGACAUGAUUUCAUCCCCUGAAGUGAAGAAUCGUCUGAAGGAGACAACAGAGGAAGCAAUAAAAUAUGGGGCAUUUGGGAUGCCUGCUGUUGUUGCACAUUUUAAUGGGAAACCUCAUCUCUUUUUUGGCUCUGAUCGUUUAGAGCUGCUAGCCAACGUUAUAGGUGAAAAAUGGCUGGGGCCAGUUCCUUCAGUUCCAAGCUCCAAGAUGUGAAAACUCUUGGGAAAAUACAUAAGAAUGAAAGAAUUACACAGAUAUGGUCAAUCUUUGGUGAUUAUCUGAAUGUAUCCAAUGAAUGUAUUUUAUGGUGAGAUGGCUUUCUCUUCCUUAUCUGUUAACUCUACAGAUCAGUCUUGUUUCUAGUUAAGUUAGAGGUCUGACAGUAUUACCAGUCUGGUUAGUUCUUUACAAACUUGUAAAAACUUGAUUCUUUCAAAGACUAAUGAUUAACAGUAAAGAUUAAACAAUAAAGAUUUAACUUCUUACCGAUUAAACAUCUUCCCUGACUAUACCUUUCCCUUACUCUAAAAGUAUGAUAAUUAAAUUAUUAUGGGACUGAGA